GCCUGUACACGAUUUUACUAAAUCUUAAACCUGUCCGGUUCGGCGUAUGAAAACUUUAGUUUUUUUGUUGCUGCAGUGUAGUUUUGGAUUCAUGAGAAUACCUUGUACUCUGGGAUAGAGGCUGGAACCCUGUUUUGAAGAAGCGAUUUAGGAGAUUUGAGAUUUGAGGUUUAAGCGCUAAUUAAACGUCAAAGAGGAGAAACGAGUCUCAGCGAAGAGGUCAAGUGAGGUCAAGUGAGGUCAAGUGAGGUCAAGUGAGGUUAAGUGAGGUUAAGUGAGAAGUGGAGCACUCGGUUCACUUCACUGAGGCCAGGGGGCAGAACCUCCUACAUCAGGAUCCAAUGCAGGUCACCAAAAGAAACGUGGAGGACCGCCGGAAAGAAAUGGAGGAUCGCAGGAAGUCCACCUACAGCCAAGUCGACCAGUAUGCCCCGAUAUCGUCCUCUCGAGACAUUCUGAACCGGGUAGCCGUGCUAGCCCUCCUACUCUUCACCUUGAUGGGCUAUCUCUGUAUUGGUUCUGUGUGCUUCUCUGCUCUGGAGUACGACACCGAGCAGCAGAGAUGGCAGGAGGGCAAGGAUAAGUUAGAGGGUUUUGUUCGGGAAAUUCUGGAACCUUCUAAAAACUUCUCGGAGUAUUCUGAAGAUCUGACAGUCUUGGUCAGAGCACUCGCUGACGAAGCUAACCCCUACAUAUAUGAGGGACGUAAAGAAGCGUGGAGUUUUACAGGAGGGUUGUAUGUCUCCGUUAGCACCGUCACUACUAUAGGUUACGGUAACAUCUACCCUGUAACGACAGGAGGCCAAGUGUUCCUCCUGGUAUUUGCUCUGAUUGGAAUACCACUAUGUUUCCUUUUCAUAGCUUAUCUGGGCGCUCUACUGGCUCAAUCUGUGGAAUACGUCUUCAACUUCCCUUUACGGGACAGGAACAAGAAGAGGAUAAUGAUAGCGGUGUUGUUGUCCAGUGCUGGGCUAGUCCUCAUCGAACUCAUCAUAUUCAGUUUGUGGAUCAAAUAUGGUCUGGACAAGGAGAUGACUUACUGGGACUCGUUUUAUUUUGCGUUUGUGAGUUUUACAACUAUUGGCUUUGGUAAUCACGGAUUCUACAAUGGGGACAAUGCCAACAUCGCCAAGGUGUGUUUCACCCUGCUGAUAGUCAUACUCUGUCUCGCUCCCCUGGCCCUCUACAUCAACCUCAUCGUCAGGGACGUCAUCACUGCUGCUUCUCCCAUCUUGGAGAAGAUCGGGGUUACUGAACAUGCUGAUCCUGAGCAAGAGAUGAUCUCACAAACAAAAGAGUUCAAAGGUGAACCGUAUGGAGCGGCCGAAGAGCGAGCAAGCUAACCCCAGUACCUCACUAGUCAACCUUAGUGUUUACCACGUGUUUACACGUGUUUACCACGUGUUUUAGGUUUUGUUGAUUGACGCCUAAUCAGGAAAAAGGUUAGGGACACGACUUACUUCGUCCCCUGUAUUUAAAUUUGUAUGCCCGAGAUAUUGCUUGUGAAGAAUGUACUGGCAGAUUAGAAAUGAAGCUUGGGUACGGCUUUUGAGCGGAUGUUGCCUAUUUGUUUAGAAUGAUUUCGGAAAUUUACCGCAAUAAUUUGGUUGAGGAGUAUAUGAAAUGGCAUAUUGCUGACAAGAAUAAUUUUUAACUGUGUAUGAAGCCCAGCAAUUCAGUUGAACUGAAUUUAGUCAAUCACAGAAAAAUAAAAUCAAGACUCAAUUAGUCAUACAUUAUAAUGCACAAUUAAAAUGAAUGGGUGCGAGAAUAUCUUGAUGUUGACUUUAUUGCUGCCGUUACCAAGUUUUAGAACCCAAAAACCGCUUAAAAGCUAUAAAUUAAAAUAGAGGGUUAAUUUCAAACCAUUUCAAUGGCUUCGCUUGGAAAGAAAAAUGAAUUCCGCCUUUAAAACGAUGCUACGUACCUAUUUUUUAUGUGACGAACAUGUUGGGGGUAGUUUAUAUGUCAGUUUACAAUUAAUUUAAUCGCGAUCAUAUUUUGAUACUUUCGUUAAAGUUUAACACUUAUGACAGUAGAUUUAUUUUCAUUUCUUUUUCAAUAAUCUUUGUUUUUCUUGUAACAAUAUGGCCAUUCGUGAGAGAAGUUGUAGUCAAUUUAGCGGACUAAAUGUGGUGGGAUUUUCAUAAAGUGGUCAUUUGUCCACUCAAAAUUUUAUUUAUCCGAUGGAUCAAACGUAAAUUAUGUGCUUAAUAUGGUUAUCGUGAUAGAUUUCUGAAUUUAAGAUAUUUGUUUAGUUUUUGAACUCUUGAAUUUAACUUUUCAUUUGAAAAUGUUAGUACUUUCGAAGAUUGAAGUUUCGUGAAAUUCUUUCGAUUGUUUUUAUGAAAGUCAAACUUUUAACGUGUAAAUUUAAUUGUAAAUGUAAAUGAAGUUGAAAUUUUCUUCAAUAAUUC